UUCAAGAAUCAAUCUUCAAGAAAGGUCAUUUCACUGCAAAUCAAUGGCGUCUUCUUCUUGUUCCGGUUGGUGGCGUGCACCAAUUUACUUUACUGUCUCAGUAAUCUUAGCUUUCAUAGCCAUCUCCUCUUCUCUGCAUUCUUCAGGAAGCGGAACAACACCAAUGCCAAACAGACCAAUAAACCGCCAACUAAUUCUCAAUGCAUCAAUAGCUUUAAGAAAAUCAGGUUUCAAUUUAAUGGCUACUCUUCUCUUAAUUUCUCCUGAAUUAAGAAUCAGCAAAGAAUGUUGCUUUAAACGGAGAAAGAAUGUUGCUUUAACGAUGGUUGAUGCAAAAGAGAGAUUAUUAGAGAUUAAUCAUGUGUUGGUUUCUCAUCCUGAUUUGUUUCUCGAAGGAAAUUUGGCAAUUCAUGGCGUUCUUGGACCUUUUUCUUUUCUGGGAAGUGGUUUUAAAGAUUUUGAUAAGAUUUGGGAUUUUUCUAUUCAAGCUCCGAUUUGUGAUUCAAAUUUUAGUUUAGUUUUGGAUAUUGAUGAGACUAAGAAUUUGAUUGAAUGGACUAGAAUUGUUCGUUUGUUAAGCUCUAAUGGAUUUGUGUCUUUCGCAAUCGGAUUGAAUUAUGUUCUUGAUGGGAUUCUUGAAGAUUUUAGAGAUUUGUAUUCUGUUACAAUUUUCACUCCUCAAGAAUUUGAAUUUUUGGCCUCUCCUUCACCAGUUCUUGAUAGGGUUGUCAGGCUUCAUAUUCUGCCUCAAAGGAUUACAUAUUCAGAAUUUGCUUCUUUGCCAGAAAAGAAAUUACUUGGUACACUCCUUUCUGGUCAAGAACUGCAGGUAACUGCUGGUUUCAAUGGCUCGCAAGGAAUUUUCAUUAAUGGAGUGGAGAUUGUGGCGCCAGAAAUCAUUUCAGCAAAGCAGUUCAUAAUUCAUGGGAUUUCUCAGGCUUUUCAUGUGGCUGAGCUUCCUGAUACAUCAAGAUAAUACUAGCUAAACACAAAAGCUUAGCUUCACUUUUGCGUGGCAUGUUUCCUGCAGAAGAUAGGAGGUGUUUGAGUGUUGUUACACUUUCAAGCUGUAAAUACUAAGCUGAGUCUCAUCAGGAUAUAGGAUACUUGAUUUCAGAAGCAGUUAAUUCACAGAAAGAAGUAUGUUAUUUAGCUUUUGAUUGUAAUACAUUUUUCAAACAGGAAGAAUUAUACAAAGUGAAAC